AUGCAAAUGGUGCCUUGCUGAACGUAUAAAUACCGGGCGACAGCCGACUGAGAGUUACCCACUUGCUGGAACAACUGGCUGAAGGUUUCGUUCAAGACCUCACAGAACCUAUACUAAACCGUCAACAUGUGCGACGACGAAGAGGAGGAAGCUACUCCCCUGGUCUGCGACAAUGGCUCCGGACUGGUGAAGGCUGGCUUCGCCGGCGACGACGCCCCCAGGGCUGUCUUCCCAUCCAUCGUCGGCCGCCCAAGGCAUCAGGGCGUGAUGGUCGGUAUGGGUCAGAAGGACGCCUACGUGGGUGACGAGGCUCAGAGCAAGAGGGGUAUCCUCACCCUGAAGUACCCAGUCGAGCACGGCAUCGUCACCAACUGGGACGAUAUGGAGAAGGUCUGGCACCACACCUUCUACAACGAGCUGCGUAUCGCCCCCGAGGAGAACCCCUGCCUUCUGACAGAGGCUCCCCUCAACCCCAAGGCCAACAGGGAAAAGAUGACGCAGAUCAUGUUCGAGACCUUCAACUCUCCCGCCAUGUACGUGUGCAUCCAAGCUGUCCUGUGCCUGUACGCUUCCGGUCGUACGACUGGUAUCGUGCUGGACUCCGGCGAUGGUGUCUCUCACACUGUGCCCAUCUACGAGGGUUACGCCAUGCCCCACGCCAUCCUUCGUCUGGACCUGGCCGGCCGUGAGCUGACCAACUACCUGAUGAGGGUCAUGUGCGACCGUGGCUACGCCUUCGUCACCACGGCUGAGCGUGAGAUUGUCCGUGACAUCAAGGAGAAGCUGGGCUACGUCGCCCUGGACUUCGAGCAGGAGAUGUUGACGGCAGCUACCUCCACCUCCCUGGAGAAGAGCUACGAGCUGCCUGAUGGACAGGUCAUCACCAUUGGCAACGAGAGGUUCCGCUGCGCUGAGGCUCUCUUCCAGCCUUCCUUCCUUGGUAUGGAGUCUGCUGGUGUUCAUGAGACCGUCUACAACAGCAUCAUGAAGUGCGACAUCGACGUCCGUAAGGACCUGUACGCCAACAACGUCCUGUCCGGUGGCACCACCAUGUUCCCUGGCAUCGGCGACCGUAUGCAGAAGGAGAUGGUGGCUCUGGCUCCCACAACCAUGAAGAUCAAGAUCAUCGCUCCUCCAGAGAGGAAGUAUUCCUGCUGGAUCGGUGGCUCCAUCUUGGCUUCCCUGUCCACCUUCGCAGCUAUGUGGAUCAAGAAGUCCGAGUACGACGAGGCCGGCCCCGCCAUUGUCCACCGCAAGUGCUUCUAAGCGAUGUAAACUUUACUGUUGGGAAUUGUAAAUGUACUGUGUACCCUAUGUUGCUGCUGCUUUCUUCCGUAUUGUGUGUUGGGACCAGAGUAAGGAAAUGACUUGAUUAGGUGUACGUCAACGAGGAAACUCAACCAUUGAGACAACUAUGGUGCCUGUUAGCAAAUACUACAUGUGCGUGUAUCACAUUCGAUGCGUAUAUAGGUACUGAGAAAGAUUGUAAUUAUAACCGCAUGUCACCUGUGUAUUACAGACAUUCUUGUCUGACCGACAAAAUAUUCUAUUCUUGGACGAGAUUCACCACCCUAAGUCUCCAUCCACACAUGCAUGCGUUAUGCACUUAACAGGAAUUGAGACUGUGAGAUGGAAUUGUUAACGACGAACGGAAUAACGUGAAGGUGUAGAAAGUGAAGGAUUAUACGCAUUGUUCGUGGAAGUUCUGCAAUGCUUUACGUGCCAUUCCUCUGUCUGUUUUAACCGUGCACCAUCUCUAUGUUCAUGUGCCAAGAACCAGCCUAUGACAGCCCAGUCAAUAUUUCUCGACAUAUAAGCUCGAUCUAUUACAUGCCCAAGUUCCUGAAUGAUAUGUACGUUUUCGGAUCUUGAGUUAGUAACAUACAAGGUGCUAUACUGGACGAUUAGUAUUCCUGUACCGUCGAUUUUGUAUUAUGUAUAUUUUAUUGUAAGUCGAUAGUCUGAAUUUAUAAUAUUCUUAAAGCUUUUACAAUUGUAAGAAGUCUAUAAUUCAGCCGUAAGGCUGUCAUGGACUUUUAACUUGUAUAUGUUUAUGUAAAUAAACUUGUCAUCAUCACAUAAAG